AUCCUGUCUGUCGACUCCGCCACACAAAAUGGGCCUUUUCUUUACCGGGCUUCGAGUCUACUUAUGUUUCUCUGGCAGCUCAUAAUCAUACAUAUCGCACUUGUCAGUCGUCCCGAACCAGAACAAAUUUCGGACUAAUUCUAUAAUAUUUGCAUCUCGAUUUACGUAACACACAACAACACGAUGUCCGAGUCAAAAAGUCCGAAUUAUCUUGGUCCAAUGGGCACUGAUGCAAGCAAGAGCCGACGGGAACGAAACAGAGAGGCACAACAACAAUUUCGAAAACGAAGACAGGCUGCUGAAGCGGCAAGGGUGCAGAGACUUAAGCGACUCGAAGGCGUGGUUGAGAGAAUGAGUACGGUGAUUGUGGACUUUGCGGAUAAGAUGUUGCAAGAAGAGGUGUUGAAACAAUAUCCUGCCUUAGCGGCCGAUGUGCAGGAUGUUAUCACACAGGUUCUUGUCUUGGCGAACGAAGCCGGAGAUCCUGAAGAGACGAGGUCGAAUGAGCGGCAUGAAGAGAAAUCGCCUGAUUAUGGGGACGACGACUCGGAUACACGACGAUGUUCACAAGGUUCAGCAAGUCCAUCAGGGUCACAGAACUUACCAAUCGGCAUGCCAUUUUCCUUCGACCAACAGGAUAUGUUCAUAACAAGCUCCCCACCAGAGCACAGCCAACUCAAAGACACACCUCAGAUCGUAUAUCCAACAAUACAAAACCCGCUACUCUACUCUCAUUCGCCUCAUUUAACACCCUCAUCCAUCACACACUCGCUAGGCUCUGGACCUUGGAACACACCAAGGCCACUAUCCCCAACAUCUGUUUCCUCUUGCCUAAUACAGUCGCGCUUCAAUACAAAUCCCCCGUAUCCUGCCCCAUACUACAAUUCAAUAAGCAAAACUUUAUGAUACAAAGACUACGAAUCCCGGGUAAUUUGAAUCCCCAGACCUUUUGUGUUGAACCUUGCUCUUCUGGUGGCUUGGAUAGCUGAGAAGCAGCCUGCAAUGCCGAGAUACAGUGGUGUCGGAUAUUGGCGACAUCGUGGGUUAGAGAGAUACAGACGGAUCUGGUGCAUCAAUAAGGCUUAAAAUCUGGCAAGGUCUUUCCGAGUGGAACACUUCGACUGAAAGUGAGUGAAUUUCUCUUAGAUUGAUGCUUGAUUUUGGCCUACCGAGUUGCGAGAUAGGAGUCAAAUUCAUAUAUUAUUAUUACACAUGUAGAGAGUAGCAUGAGACUGGGAAAUGAAGGUGAUUGCAUUUCAGGAUGAUAUUGUAUGAUCAUCAAAUAUCACGAGAGAAGCUCCUUAGGCAGAGCACUUGUAUCAGCGAACAGGGGGUAGAAAAUGCUCCAGGUACAUCAAUGCUAUUGAACACCCUCAACUCUGUUCCCACUGCCUGAGAUAAGGAUUGGGAUAUCAUAUCUGGUCGAGUCGGACGUUUCUAACUCUGUAGUGGCUUGUAAAGGGCUCAGUAGGGAGAGGAG